UAUCUGGAUAUCCAGUACUGAGUCUCUUGAUUUCACCCAAGGGCCUUGGCUUACUAGAAUCUGAUGUUAGAAGCUUGUAAGCAAUCUGAGUGUUUGGGAUGACAGGUCCACCAGAAAACUGUGCUGUUUUAGUUUUGUUUUCUCAUUCUGAGAAUGAAAGCUCCCAGGAGAAAAGGUUGAAGAAACAAAAUGAAGGGAGAAGUGUGAAAAAUGGAGAAGAAAGGUACUGAGAGGCAGAGCCCAGGAUCUACACCAGCUCUAUGACUGUUGACCCACGCUUGACUGCCUCAAGUGAUCCUGGCAGGAUGACAUCUUCCAGACUCCCUAUCCUUCUAGCACUGGUCUUUUCUUCUUUGUCCCCUGUUCUUUCCCAUUCAAACAGGGAGAUGUGGUUUCAGGAUCUCUUUCCACCUAACAUGUGCCCUAUAAAUGCCAAGACUUUUUAUGGCAUAAUGUUUGACGCAGGAAGCACUGGAACCCGGAUCCACAUUUAUACCUUUGUGCAGAAGAGCCCAGAAAUCCUUCCAGAGUUGGAAGGGGAAAUAUUUGAAUCUGUGAAGCCAGGUCUUUCUGCCUAUGCUGAUCAGCCUGAAAAGGGUGCUGAAUCCGUCAAAAGAUUGCUGGACAUGGCUGUAGAUGCUGUGCCACCUCAUCUCUGGAAGAAGACUCCAGUAGUGUUAAAAGCCACAGCUGGACUGCGCUUAUUGUCAGAGGAGAAAGCUCAAGCUCUACUUUCUGAGGUGAAAGAAGUCUUUGAGAAGUCACCAUUUCUUGUUCCAGAAGAUAGUGUUAGCAUCAUGGACGGGUCUUAUGAAGGAAUUUUAGCCUGGAUCACUGUGAACUUUUUGACAGGGCAGCUGUCUGGCCAGAACCAGCACACUACUGGGACCCUGGACUUAGGAGGAGCCUCAACCCAGAUCACGUUUCUGCCACGGUUUGAGGAAACCUUGAAGGAAAGCCCUAGGGAUUUUCUUACCUCAUUUGAAAUGUUUAACAGCACCUACAAGCUCUAUACCCACAGCUAUUUGGGUUUUGGACUAAAAGCUGCCAGACUAGCAACUCUUGGAGCUUUGAAUACAGAAGGAAUGUCUUGUGAGAAAGCUGCUUUUCCAGUUUCAACUAGCAAUGAGACUGAGGUUGCAGAUGGACAAAUGUUCCGCAGUUCUUGUUUGCCAAAGCAACUGGAAGCAGAGUGGCACUUUGGGGGAGUGAAGUACCGGUAUGGGGGCAACAAAGAAGGAGAGACAGGAUUCAAGCCUUGCUACCUGGAAGUACUGAAGGUUGUCAAAGGAAAACUGCACCAACCAGAUGAGAUUCGUGGAAGUUCCUUCUAUGCUUUCUCCUAUUACUAUGAUCGAGCAGCUGACACCAACCUAAUAGAUUAUGAACAGGGAGGAGUUCUGGAAGUGAGAGAUUUUGAAAGAAAAGCCAAAGAAGUCUGUGAUAACAUGGAGAGGUUCAGCUCAGCCAGUCCUUUCCUCUGCAUGGAUCUCACUUACAUCACUGCUUUAUUAAAGGAAGGUUUUGGAUUUAGAGACAACACACUCUUACAGUUAACAAAAAAAGUGAACAACAUAGAGACAAGCUGGACUUUGGGUGCUACCUUUCACUUAUUGCAGUCUCUGGGGAUAACAUAUUGAACUGAGACAUUCCUAUGGAUUUCAGCAUUUCUGGAAGUUUGAGAAAGCAAACUGAAAUCACCAGGUACGUUAUCCAGCUGGAGUCAAUCACAGAGUGGAAAACGGACCAAAGCUAUAAAACAGAUCCUCACCUGGGAUUGGCGUUGCACAUAAUGAAAGUUGCCACAAUUUAAUUGUGAUUGGCAUAAGUAAUCCAGAAACUGCCUUCUGAAAGCCAAAAGGCCUAAACUCCUGCAGAGUAUCUGCAAGAGACUCAAAGCCAGCUUUCACCAGCACAUUUGUAUAGCAUCCCAUUGCUAAAAGCACAGCAUACUUGGGACAUGGUGGUAAAUUACAGAUGGUAUUUCUCCUCCCCCAUUUACUUUAAUCAUACAGUACUGAAGUUUGCUUGCAAGACAUUAAAUACAGAAAUUAUACAUGACACCAACAGCCAUUCAGAGAAAAUUAAACGAUAACCCUGGAUGCUCCCAGCCUCAGUGUUCAAAGUACCCAGUUGUUAGCUAAUAUAUUACAAGAUGACAUCAGCCUUUCUAUAAGCACUCUUUGGGUAUAAUUUUAGGAAAGGUAUUGGCUGAAACAUAGGCUGUACCACCACCAAGCAUUUCUUUCAGCAGUAGUUUCUUAAGCAGCAUCUGUGCUGACAGAUUGCAUGACUACCUUUGUGCUGCCCUUUAAAAGUCUGUACUGUAUGGCUGCACAUCUGGAUAUCAGGCCUUGAUUCAUUUUAGCAUCUACAGUUAUAACACACAGUUGUACAGGCAUAAAACUAGGCAGCAAGAUAUGUACAUAUGCCAGAUAUUGAAAAUCCUCUGCCAAAAGAAAUGCUCGUCACAUUACACCACAAGGAAAUUAAGGAUGGGGUCAGAUGAAGUGUCUGAUGUAAUAGUUCACGUUGCCUUGACUAUGUUCUGUUCAAUAUGGAAUAUGGAACUUAAAGAUGAACUUAGCACAGUCUUAGGAACAGAACUUUUUUUCACCCCUGCCUUAUGACAAACACUUUGUUCCUUUCAGGCAUACUACAGCACAUCUCUUUCACUUUGGUAAAACCCAAGGUUGCUCUCACACUACCUUCUCUGGAAACUGGAUUUGUUUCCAGAGCACGAGGAAGAAACAGUGCACUCAAAUUCUAACUAAUCUCACCAAGUAGGUUGGAGUCCUAGGAAUUUGCCUUACUAUGAACAUUGGUCAUUUUCCUCUUGUUAGCAGCGCAAGUCUGGCAAUGGCUGAUUAAGUUAUCCCAUUUCCCUGCCUCAGGGAAUGGUGCUAGGAUACAAAGCAUGCUUUUGAUUGAACAAGCUCGGUCAGCAUCAGGAAUCCAAGGAGUAGGGUGGAGCAGCCUGUAACUGUCCAACUUUUGACACCUGACUGUAAACUCAGACUGUUUCUUUGGAAUAUGAAAUGAGCACCCUACUUGUGCUCCUUACCAGAAUCUGUUAGAAAGAUGCAUGUUGGGAAAUGUAUCAGCACCACAGCAAACUUCUGUUCCUCUGUCACUACAAAAAUUUGCUGGAGCCUUGAUGCUGGCCUUUUCUUUAUGAGGAACCUUUCUUACUCCCCUGCUUACCAUUUGGUAAAACUUAGUGCAUGGUCUGCAUGCAUGGUUUCAACAAGGUAACAACAAACAUAUUCAUCUUCUGAAUGACCAAUUUUCUUCACCUUUGUACUCUUUGGAGAACAUAAAGAAGGUUGCAGCGAUUAAUAGCCAAGCGCGUUACUCCUGAGAAGUAGCUAAUGUAAUGAACCAAAGGCUUCCAGUCUGAGCCAGUGCUGUGACAAACUCUCUUAGUAGAUCCUGAGGCCAAGAGCCACAAGCAGUGAGGCUGUACUUGAAACACAAAAGCAAGGUGGGGUAUUAUUUUUAAGGCACAAGCAGAAGCGUAUCUGCCAAGUGAAUAAAGCCUAGCCCUGACAAGUACCUGAGGGUUUGGUUUUGGCCUGAGGGAGGAUAUCUAGAAGAAGACAUACCAUGUGGAGUAAGUUUCUUUUCUGCAUUCUUUGCCUCAAACUCUGGUACUACAAAUCCUAGGUGGGAGCAUCCAUUAUCCUGUACCAAAGUUGCAUUAAAUCUGAAUGCUCAGGGCCUUCAUUUGUCAGUGGCACAAUUCAUUAACUGAAACUCACCUGCUGCUCUCUAUCCGGGGCCUGAUCCUGCAGUCACAAGAGAAACAAAAACUCAGCUCAAAGGUUUCUUUUACAAGAAAUUGCAGAAUUGAGCCUUUACUGUUUACAUCUGAAUUACUGAAAGUGGGUUGAGGAUAUAGGGAAGCCAGUCAUGUCCUCACACCCUAGUGCAAUGAUUUUAUUUAUUAGCUUAACUAAAGACUAAGCAGCCUUUUUAAGGGAAGAGUUCUACUUGCACCACCGAUUUUUAUCUUCUCCUUUGUUAAGUCUCUUAUCCUGACUACCAGGAACUGCUUAGUAUGUGCGACUGAAGAAGCACAAGUAAUGGCUUUCAAUACAAAACUUAUGUUUAAUUAUUUGUGAUUUUAAUUCCUGAUACUGGUUACCGUAUCUACAAAUCUCACCCAGUAGCAGUGCUCACUCAUUGUUGUGAGUCUCAAAUGUCUAAUGCAGGAGGGCUGGCAUUUGGAACAUAGGACAGAAUAUCUUGAUUUUCUAUUUUAGUAAUUAAAGCAUUUUUAACAAUA